UUUGACAAGAGCCCGAUUCCACCACGCUAACUAACAUUUGUACUUUAUUGUCUUGGACCAAAUCCCGAGGAUACCAACUAUAAACAAGAACAAUACUGUCCACAGAAUUUUUAACUGCUAGGCCUAGAUUCUAAAUCUACAAGCAAAUUAUGAAACUACAACUUUCUGCUGUGACCAGACAGAUUUCAUCUCUGAAUUUUAAAAUCAAACUGUUUGUGUCGAUGUACACUGAAAAUAUUAUUAUCCUCUCUUGGAUUUAGGACAUAGAUCUAGAUUCUAGAUCUUGAUCUAUUGCCGUGGAAAUAUCAGAUCCUGAAAUAAUGAAGGGAAAAGCCGAUGAGGCUGAGGUGAUUCAAGUCAAGACUGAAAUCAAGACUGAGAUCGACUCUGAUCAGGAUGAAUCUGUUUUGGAACGGGCAGCUCAAGAUGUGCCCUAUCUUGUGUAUAUGGAUAGGGCAGAUUCAGAAGAAGUAACAUCCAACAGUAUUGAAGGUUGCAGGACUAAACGAGCGAGAAACGGUCGAAUCAAUACAACAUUGUCAACAACGACAACAACAGUGCCAGUGCAGAUGACUGAGAUGAAGCCUACCAUUGUCACCACCAUUGAAUUCACUGAUGAGUGUGCUCUUUUAAUGGAGGUGGAAAACCAUCACCCGGAUUUGGAGGAGAAAGGAGAAAUAGCGUCUGGCACACUAACACAUCCAGUUGAGCCAACGCAGACAACUCAGUCUGCUGUGGAGAGACAGUCUUCUAAGAGAACGGAAGAACAGCCUGAAGAAGUGGAUAGAAGGGAGCUAGAGGAGACAGAUGUCCGUUCUAAUGGUGCUGUCUCUCUCUCCGGCCUUCGUAGUUCGCUGACCACCGGUCACUCCGCAGAGGUUGUGGACAGAAGACCAGGACAACGCUCGUAUAGUGUCCUGAAGAAACUGCUAAAUGCUCCUGUAGCAGACGCUGAUCGGGCCUUGUACUCUUUGCACGAAGCAACGUGUGGCAAAGAGAAAAAGAACGGGGAUCUCGCCCGUAACAAACCGCUAGACAUUAACGGUAGUAGCGAAGAGAAGUCAGAAGUCAGUUGUCACGAUCAAGGCCUAAAUAGAACAGUCUCCGUUCCGGAGGUCAAGGGUGAUUUUGAAUGUGAAAUUUGUGGUGCGAGGUUUGAGUUUGAGCACUCUUUUCUGUGUCAUGCGAGAGAACACAAGCCUGAAGAUAGACAGAAAGGUUUUCAAAAUGGCCACGCGAUUAAACGUAUAGGGGGAGACAAACCUUACAAGUGUGAAGUUUGCGG